AGCUGGCUGGCUAGUUACAUCUUUGAGUGAGGGUAACCGGCCCUUCGAAGCAAAUGAAAAAGGAGGAAGGAUAACCAUGUAACGUACAGCAUUGGUCAUGGGGAGAUUUUUAAAACGCCUUGUCUGGACACGAGGAAUCGGUAUGCUUGUCGAAUAGCGUCGAUUUGUCUCUAGAUAGGAGCAAGAUGAUGCAGCGCCAGCGGUCCGUCACACUCGCAGCUGCCAUAAAAACUAGCCCGGUAGCCUGCUGGCUGUAACAUAGACGGGCGCAAGACAUUGUUAGUGUAGCUACGCUGUCUUCAGAACAAGUCCUUUCGGAUCGAUUAGUCUAAAAACUCGGAUAACCAUCUGGACGAAUCCCGGCAGCCGUUUUCCUGUUCGGAAUCGAUCAUUUCGCUGAAGUGCAAGGGCUUCUCUUGCAAAGACGCCGCCGACAUCAUCAUACAGAGGCCUGGAAUAAAAUCACGUCGGUUGAUGUCGGGUCUUCGCUCCACAUUCAUGUCAAACAACGUAGCUUGAUGUCAGAACAUAUAUCUGCAAAAAUGAGACAGUAGCGCAACGGAUGCAAUACAUCAAGCCGUGUUUAUUCAGCCGACUGAGUGGAUAAUACGCCAUGACCACCCCGGCUCUCCUGCCGCUGUCGGGCCGCAGGAUACCCGCCCUCACGCCCGGCGCCUCCUCCUUCCCCCAUCACAGAGCCACGCUGCGGCUCUCCGAGAAGUUCAUCCUUCUCCUCAUCCUCAGUGCCUUCAUCACCCUGUGCUUCGGAGCGUUCUUCUUCCUCCCGGACAACUCAAAACACAAGCGCUUCGAUCUGGGCCUGGAGGACGUGCUGAUACCACACAUUGACCCCAACAAGGAGGGCAAGCUGCCGGGCGGGCAGAUCAUCCACGGGCAAGGUGGACACGACGAGCACCGGCACAGGGAGGAGGAGGAGAGCCUGCGGAACAAGAUCCGCGCCGACCACGAGCGGGCGCUGGAGGAGGCCAAGGAGAAGCUGAGGAAGUCCGCCGAGGAGCUGCGCGCCGAGAUCCAGACAGAGAAGAGCAAGGUGGCGCAGGACCUGAGGAAGCAGGACAGCGGCAAGCCCCUCCCCCCCGUCCCCAUGCCCAAAGUGGUGGGGAUCAACGACGGGGACCCGGGUGACCCCGACGUCAAGGAGAAGAGGGACAAAAUUCGAGAGAUGAUGAAGCAUGCAUGGGACAGCUAUAGACAGUAUGGAUGGGGACACAACGAGCUCAAACCUCUGGCCAAGAAAGGACAUUCCACCAACAUCUUCGGGAACUCCCAGAUGGGGGCCACCAUUGUGGACGCCUUGGACACCCUGUACAUCAUGGGUCUGCAUGACGAGUUUAAGGAUGGGAAGGACUGGAUCGAGCACAACCUGGACUUCAGCGUGAAUGCAGAGGUCUCCGUCUUUGAGGUGAACAUUCGCUUCAUCGGGGGCCUGCUGGCUGCUUUUUACCUGUCUGGAGAGGAGGUGUUUAAGGUGAAGGCUGUCCAGCUGGCUGAGAAACUGCUGCCCGCGUUCAACACCCCCACUGGCAUCCCCUGGGCCAUGGUUAACCUGAAAAGCGGUGUGGGGCGGAACUGGGGCUGGGCGUCGGCUGGCAGCAGCAUCCUGGCGGAGUUUGGGACCCUCCACAUGGAGUUUGUUCACCUGACCUACCUGACUGGACACCCCGCUUACUACCAGAAGGUGAUGCACAUUCGCAAGCUGCUGGCCAAAAUGGACCGACCCAAUGGGCUGUACCCCAACUACCUGAACCCGCGGACCGGACGCUGGGGACAACACCACACCUCUGUAGGGGGCCUGGGGGACAGCUUCUACGAGUACCUGCUGAAAGCCUGGCUGAUGUCUGACAAAACGGACACAGAGGCCAGGAAGACCUACGACGACGCCAUUGAAGCCAUCGAGCGCCACCUCAUCCGCAAGUCCAACGGCGGCCUGACCUUCAUCGGCGAGUGGAAGAACGGCCACCUGGAGAGGAAGAUGGGCCACCUGACCUGCUUCGCCGGGGGCAUGUUCGCCCUGGGCGCCGACGGCUCGCCCGACGACAAGGCCGGCCACUACCUGCAGCUGGGCGCCGAGAUCGCCCACACCUGCCACGAGUCGUACGACCGCACCGUGCUGAAGCUGGGGCCAGAGGCCUUUAAGUUUGACAGUGGUUUGGAGGCAGUGGCUGUCCGUCAGAAUGAGAAAUACUACAUCCUGCGGCCCGAGGUGAUCGAGACGUACUGGUACAUGUGGAGGUUCACCCACGAUCCGAAGUACAGGCAGUGGGGCUGGGAGGCUGCACAGGCCAUCGAUAAGUACUGCCGGGUUAGCGGGGGGUUCUCGGGGGUCAAAGACGUCUACUCCUCCAACCCCACCUACGACGACGUGCAGCAGAGCUUCUUCCUGGCAGAGACCCUCAAGUAUCUGUACCUGCUGUUCUCCAGCGAUGACCUCCUGCCCCUGGACAGCUGGGUGUUCAACACGGAGGCCCACCCUCUCCCCGUCCUGCACCUGGGCAACAUCACUCUGCCCGGGAGCGACGCCCGGCGAUAGGACCGCCCACUUCCCCUCCCCCCCCUCAUACAGUUAGACUGCAGGCUCGAGCCACACCCCCCUCUCCGCAUUCCCCAAUGAAAGACUGCAGUGUGCCUGCAGAGGGGAAGGGCUGGGGUCUCUGUUCCUGCAGACAGUCAUGUGACUGCGCAUGGCCAGGCCCACACAGACCUGUUCCAUUUUAUACACCUGACCAAAAGCGUUCCCACGGAGACGCAGGAGGACGGACACACAGACGGACACUGCUGGAAGUGGAUGUACAGUUUCCAUGGGAUGGACUAACAGACUUCUGUUCAUGAGGAGCAAGGAUUUUUCUGUGACUUCUCUUUUCAGGGGUUUUUCUGAACCCCCCCCAUACCAACACCAAGGACAUCAUUUUCUGUUUGCUCCUUUAUGAUAAACUUUGACCUGGACCUAUAAUGACUGGAAUUGGCAUUCUUUGUCCCUUUGGUGGAGGGCGAAUGGAGAAGUUGACUAUGACUCUGCAUUCCCCCGGCUCCAUGUGUCUGCGUUUGGAUUGGCUGGGAAGUGGCUUUCAGACCCCGUGCAGCUGAUAUACUACUGUCACAGUUUUCCACUUUUUUUCUUUAUUGUCACGUUAAUUCACAUUUGUUUGCCCAACAGACAGCAGCUGACGGACAUCACAUUUUUACAUAUUAUCCGUUUAUGCAGCGAGAUGUUUACUGAAGUACCUUACUCAAAGGUACCAUUAUAGUGCCACACCUUGGAAUCAAACUUUCACCACAUGGGCUACAAGCCCAGCCCUUUUACCCUGCUACAUUGCACCACGGCCCUUUGACCCUUCACCUCUGACCUACUGUCCUUUGACCUUCAGGAGAGUUCCGCCUGGGUGUGCAGUAACAGCUGUGAAAUGGAUGGAUAUGAGUGGGCGGAGUUUUGCUGAAGGAAUCGUCUCUCUGUUCUGCAGAAGACAGGCUUCCAUUGGUUGCCUUACUGCAAUGUGGCGGAGUGUGAUCCCAGUCACAGAAGUCCCUGCUCCAGUCUUCCGUCUGGAUAAUGAGUCCUAAGCAUAUUGGUAUCACUUUUGCCGCUCCAUUUGGAGGUCGCUUUCAUGGAUUUCCACUCGGUGACAUCUCCUGCCCCGUGCUAAAAGUGGUCAGACCAUGGCGUUAAGAUAAAUCUGUUACUGUUACUACAUUAGAGAGGGUGGCAGGAUAGGAAAGAAGCAGUGGAUUGAGGUGAGAGACGAGUUAGGACUGACCACCAGGGGGCAGUAGAUGGGAGAGGAAC